AUGUCAUUGACUACUAUGUUUUUUCCACAAAUUGAUUUUAAGUUACAUAAAAUAUCAAAUGAGAGUAUAGAUAGUGCUUACUUCCAUCGUGGUAUUGAAAUAGUAGACUUAAACGGGAAAAAAUUAGUAUUACGGAUGUCUCAAAACAAUCAUGCAAAGUUGACAAAAUUAAUAUGUUUUUUGAAUCUGGAUGGACCUAGAAAAAUUUUUAAAAGAGAUAAUUUUGGCAAAGCUAAUCUUAUUGAUAUAACUUCAUUAAAAAACAAAAAACAUGAAGAGAAAAUGGAAUAUUCACACAUUGAAAUUUGCUUAAAAUUUGAAAAUCCUGGAAAUUAUUUUAUUAUUCUCAUGAAGGAUUUUACUGUUGGAUGGAUUCAAUUCUACGUUAAAAUUAAAAAAGCAAACGAGGAAAGGUGUGUGUUUAAAUUGUUCAAGAAAUUUUCUGAAUUGGAGAAAAAUGUAUUGAAACGUUUGAGACAUUGCAUAAGAAUAAAAAUAUCAAAAACCGAUGUAGAUGAUAUUGAGGAUGAGCAAAUGAAUGUUUAUAUUGGAAAUUUGUUCAACAACCAUGCCGAAACAAAAUUUGUUGCCGUAACUUAUCCUUUAUUUAUUGAUGGAAGUUAUGAAUUUUACUUGGACGAGGAUGGAAUCACUAAAGAAAGAGUGAAGAUUGUUGAGCCGAAUCAUUAA